UGUGCAGCUCGUAAUGUGUUCCGACGAGGGACAAACGGUUUAGAACGCGGCAGAUUUAAUACAUAACUGACACAUUUUCACCUGAAUUUCUUUGCAUUUCUCGACUUCCUCGUGUGACAGUUUCUAUCCAGUCUUUACCUUUGAUUAGUCGGGAAAUAUUUCCAUCCAAUCUACACUGAAUGUUCCGGCAGUUUCUUGUCAGUAAAACAAUGUAUAGCUAAGCUAGCUGACACCAGCAUCGACCCCGAAGCCUAUCAGCAAUAUUUCCCAUCAGUGGCAAACCAGCAAUGCAGAAGACAUGACGAUAAAGCAGACAGCCUCGUCCUUUUGUCAGUGAACGUGACUUGCAAUAUCUACUCUGUGUCGAUCGUUCAUCUUGACAAAAUGAAUUUCUUGCGUAAUCGUCUUGUUGUCCUGGGCCUGGUGUUGUUGGCCACGUUGCUGCUGUACCUGCUGCUGCCGUCCAUUCGCCAGGGCAGCAUGGAGCCGUCCCUUGAAGCGCAAAGAAUGGGUCUAAUGGCCACCCCUCCUCCUCCAAUUCCAACCAUCAACGUGUCCAUUCGCACCGGACAGCUACCCGGGGACCCUCCGCUGUUUUUCCGAGAAGCUUUACCUGUAGAUGGAGCAGGACGACAGAUAUUGCCCAGGCUGCAAGUGGUCCUUCUGCAUGGCCAGGCCUUCACAUCCAAAACCUGGGAAGAACUCGGUACGAUGGCCCUGCUGGCAACUAAUGGAUAUCAGGCCUUAGCGAUGGACCUGCCAGGUUAUGGAAAAUCACCGGACUCAGAUGCUCUGAAGACUGAUCAGAAUCGGGUGGACUUGCUUUCGAGGUUCAUGGAAUCCUUGGGUGUCAGGGCGGCUGUGCUUCUGAGCCCCUCCAUGAGUGGACAUUACUCCAUCCCCUUCCUCAUGAAGAACAGCGCUCAGCUGCACGGCUUCAUUCCCAUAGCACCUGUUGGUACCCGAAGUUACACUCCUCAACAGUACCAAAAUAUUCAGACUCCCACUCUGAUAGUCUUCGGGGCCCUUGACACAAAUCUGGGUGCUCAAUCCCAUAAGAACCUCAUGCAACUUCCACAUCACUCCGUGCUAAAGUUGGAGGGGGCUCGUCAUGCCUGCUACAUGGACAAACCCAGAGAAUUUCACCAAGGACUGAUCGACUUCCUCAGCGAACUGAAGUGAGAUGUGUAGCGGAGGAGGAGAAGAUAGACAAGAGAAAAAGAGAAAGAGGAACACAAGUCCUCUAAUAAAUGGUUCAGUGUGGUGACAAUUUUGCUAAAAAAUGAAUGACCAUUAUUCUCAUACCUGAAGCAAAGAACGCAAGCUUGAGAAAAGGUUUUAAUAAAUUGAAAAUGGCAUGUAAAAUCUUGUAGUAACAGUUCACAAUACAGUAUUUCAGAUGUUUCCUAAAUUAAAAAUGUAUCAUUAUUUUUUCAGUUUCCAUUGUGUCACCCGAACAUAUGAGACUAGUUCAGUUCAGCCUGUUGUAAAAAUAGCCUCAGACUUGUAUAGUGGUACGUUUUGUUUCAUGUGUUUCAUGUCUCUGUUUGCAUGUAAAAACAUGGAAUGUGUUUGCUUCACUGUUGCCAUUUUUGUAGGUGACAUGUAGGUUUACUGUAAAUAUGCAAAUGUAACAGGUGCCUGUGUUUGAAUAGUUUCUGCUCGCUUCACAUUUGACAGAUUUGUAUAUUAAGAUCUGGUAACCACUCCAGCUUCCAUAAAGAUAUGCUGUACUCAACACAAGCAAGCAAAAUGAAUGCACACUGUAAUAAAAGAAAAUGUUUAAAAGGAACAUUUAAAAUGAUCACAAAAAAAGUCCACAUUUAUUUAUAUAAUGAUGAUGAAGUGAUAUGUAAUAUAUUUGCAAUAAGUUUGGACAAUCAUGCAAAAAAAAGAAAAUCUCAAAAUGACGUGCAUAGCUUACAAUAAAAACAGGAAUUGUG